AUGGGUGCCGGAGGGCUGGCUUCCAUCGUGUUUGGAUUGAUUGUCGAUGCCUUCGGUGACGCUAGCUUCAAUGCGAUCGGUACAAUUACGUUUAGUAUCGCCGGUGCCUGUGGCGACGAUGAUACACUCAUGUCCACCGCCGUCCGCUUUCCUGCUCAGGCGAUUGGUGCAGCUGGUGGUGUGAUGUCUCUUUUGGAGUUGAUGCCAUUAGAGUACAAACAUCUGCUAGAAGGACCUACUCAAAAAGUAGAUUUGCAUACUGGAGCCAUUGCUGAGGGAGUUUUGACUUUCGUUAUCACUUUUGUUGUUCUCUUGAUCAUCAUCAAGGGUCCUAACAGCUUGUUCUUGAAGAAUUGGAUGCUUUCCAUGGCAACUAUGGUGGUGAUUCUUGUUGGUUCAAGCUACACAGGUCCUUCAAUGAAUCCUGCAAAUAUUUAUAAUUCUUUUCACCACCUGUAUUUUGGAUUGCAACAUGAGGCCUUGAAUCUGUGCAAGAGCAUGAUGAGGAGAGGGGAAUGCCCUCCACUUAUGGUUGUUUUUGAUCCUGUAGAAGGUUAA